AGCAGACGUUUCAACCUCGGGCCUUUCUGCGCAUGCGCAGUGAGCAGCUGCACCCAGGUGGACAACAACUCCGGACUACCUGUCUGUUGGAGACAAAACGAGCACCAUGAAGUUGCCUCUGUGCUGCUGUGUUUUGCUGGUUCUCCUCCUCACUCCCAGCUUCUGCCAUGGAGGCAACAUCCUGGUCUUUCCUGCAGAGGGCAGCCACUGGAUCAACAUGGACAUCCUACUUCAAGCUUUACACUCCAGAGGACACAGCUUGACCGUUCUGCGCUCCACCAAGAGCUGGUACAUUAAGGAGCAUGCGCCCCAUUACAAGAGCUUCACCGUUCCUGUUGAAAGAAGCAUAGAUGAAAAGUUUAUCAGCAAAACUGUAGCUGACUUUCUACAGUUUGAACGUGGUGCUCUCCCCUUGACAAGUUUCCUUUUCAGUUCUGUGGGAGUCAUUGGAGUAUUUUUUGAAGCUCAUUCAGCUGUAUGUGAAUUAGUGUCAGCUGUGCUGGAUGAUGCAGCACUUAUGAAAACCUUAAAUGAGAGCAAAUUUGAUCUGGUGCUCACUGACCCCUGCUGGGGUGGUGGAGCCAUUUUGGCCAAAUAUUUGAAUCUUCCAUUGGUUUAUAAUGUUCGCUGGUUAACACCCAUGGAGGCUCAUUUCUCCAUCGCUCCUUCUCCUUUAUCCUAUGUUCCUGUGACAGGAUCAGGCAACACUGACAGGAUGACCUUUUUGCAAAGAGUUAAAAACGUGAUUUUAUAUUUGGUGACGUACACACAAAAUGAUGUGUUAGCUAAGCAAAUAUACCAACCGACAUGUGACAAGUACCUCGGUCCUGAUCAUGACUUCAAUCAGAUCAAGACAGAUGCAGACAUUUGGUUGAUGAGAUCAGAUUUUGUGUUUGACUAUCCACGCCCCACAAUGCCCAAUGUUGUGUACAUGGGAGGGUUUCAGUGUAAACCUGCUAAACCCCUCCCUGAACAUUUGGAGGAGUUUGUACAGAGUUCUGGAGAGCAUGGAUUCAUCAUCUUGUCUCUGGGAACUUUUAUUAAUGAACUUCCUGAUGACUUGGCGAAUGAGAUCGCUGCAGCUUUUGCUAAACUGCCACAGAAAGUAAUCUGGAGGUACAAAGGCAAAAGACCUGCCUCUUUAGGCAACAACACUUUAGUGGUGGACUGGAUGCCUCAGAAUGACCUUCUAGGACAUCCAAAGAUCAAGCUGUUUGUGGCUCAUGGAGGAACUAAUGGAGUCCAAGAGACUUUGUACCACGGAGUCCCAGUUGUGGGUCUGCCUUUGUUUUUUGAUCAGUAUGACAACCUUCUCCGGCUGCAGGAAAGAGGGGGAGCAAAAAUUCUCUCAGUAUCCACAGUGGAGAAAGAUGACAGCUUCCUGAAGGCCAUACAGGAAGUCCUGACUGAACCCUCCUACAGGAUGAACAUGCAGAGACUCUCCAGGCUGCACAGAGAUCAGCAGGUGAAGCCGAUGGACAAAGCCCUCUUCUGGAUAGAGUUUGUCAUGAGACACAAAGGUGCUGCUCACCUGAAAGCUCAGUCCUACAACAUGUCAUGGUUCUCCUACCACUCUGUGGAUGUGGUUCUGUUCCUGACUGCAGCGGUGCUGCUCGUGACUCUGACCUCUUUCAUGUUCAUCAGGUGUUUAUUCAGAGCUGUUUGUAAACAUAAAGUGAAAUAUGAAUGACAAUUUGCAACUUUACACACAUGAUUACGUUCGAUACCUCCGUUUAAGAUCAUUUGUUAAAACUUAUAUCUGGACAUAUUAAAAGUGUUCAGAUUUCCUCUAAGUGUGAAGUUGGAGCAUUGGGGGGCAGAAGACCUUGGAAGGGUGAAAAAUUAGAACAGCCAAGUUGAUGGUCAUAACAAAUGGAAGGAUCAAAUAUACGUAAAUAAUAAGUAAAAUGUAUAAUUUGAGGGGCUCAAGAUUCCAUUUCAAAAUAUUGCUUCUGUUGUUUUUGCAAUGCUUAAAGAACCAUGUACUGGUGUUUUCUCAAUCUUUGUCAAUAAUGACACAAAUACUGACAGCUGCUAGCUGCCCCCCCCUCCUUGCCACCUAGUAGCUCUGCCUCUGCUUCCAGUACAUUUCUUUUAUUUUAUUUUAUUUUUUUAUAAGGGAUUGUGACCUGCAUUGCCAUAGGGUGUUUAUUCAUGCAGUUCGUUAUUGUAAAGGGAAACUUGACUGACGAUACAAUCAGUAAUAUCUGAGUGAAAACUGGUCCAACGCAAUAAUAAAAAAAUCAGAGAACUAAAUUCA